UAUAAAUGAAAAAGAUGUCAACAACAUCAUUCUGUCAUACCUUAUACAUAAUUGCUACAAAGAGUCAUCAGAGUCAUUCAUUUCUUGCACUGGGAUGAAGCAGCCUGCAGAUCAUUUGGAGAACAUGGAAAAAAGAAAAAGUAGUAAGGCCUCCUUGAUGGAUAAAUUUCAUUCAUCUUUAGGAAUCUUUCACCAUGCAUUGGAGGGAAAUGUACUUAAGGCGAUUGAGCUCACAGGGAAGCUGGCACAGGAUAUUCUGGAGAACAAUAAUGAUUUGCUGUUUGAUCUUCUAAGCCUUCAUUUUGUAGACCUUGUCUGCUCUAAGGAAUGGGCAGAAGCUUUGGAGUUUGCUCAGAUCAAGUUGAGUCCUUUUAAGAGCACGAUGGGGGGCCUCCAACAUUUUCCUUGA